AUGACCAAGACCCAGAUGAUCCGAACAACACGAAUGAACUCCAGUGGAAAACUCCAGGAGGUUAUGGAGGAGUUCUGCGACCUGCACAAAAUAUCUCUCACUGCUUUGGAGAGGCGGCUGGCUGAGACGAAACAGACUCGAGCUAUGAGUACUUGGAUUCUGUGGCAAAGAAGUAACAUCGCCAAGAGGCUGUUGGAAGCAUUGGAAAACGACCAAAGCUUAACUUCUGACAAAGCGGCCUCCGUAGCCUCCAUCAACGAGGACAACUUUACGUCCACUUUCCAACGCAUUUCCAAGAAGAAAGACUUUUCAUCUAAGGAGGAUGAGAAGACACAGGCUCUAGUUACAAGAGUUAAAAGGAACUCAGCCCUCUACAAAGCGCAGAAGGAGAGACUGGGCGAUGUUGAGCUCAGGAGACGGCUCGAAGAAGAUGUUUAUGGAGAACAACAGCUAGCGGCGAGAGACACCGCCCUGUCUGUCAGUGAAAGGGAAAAGAAAAUCAAAGCAAUGAAGAAUGAGACCUGGAAGUGGAUGCAUGUCAUGGAGGCCUGA